GCCGCCGCGGAAGAGAAACCACCUAGAGACGCCUCGCGGCUUGGGUGCUGCUGCGCGUGCGCGGGCGGCCCUGCGCCUGGCUCUUCGUGGUGGCUUCCUCCACCGAGGCCGGCCUUGGAUUUGGGGCUCGCGCUCUCUUCGUUCGCUUGCCGGCGGGUUCGCUCCCCCUUCUCGCGCCCCGGGACGGCGAGGCUGGGGAAGGGGUUGAAAGGGGCUGUUGAUCGCCUCCUUUAACUUGUGCGUGGGGCGGCCAUGUCGGCCGGCGAGGUGGAGCGCCUGGUGGAGCUGAGCAGCGGGACCGGAGGGGAUGAGGAGGAAGAGUGGCUGUAUGGCGGCCCCUGGGACGUGCAUGUGCACAGUGAUUUGACGAAGGAUCUAGAUGAAAAUGAAGUUGAAAGGCCAGAAGAAGAAAAUGCCAGUGCUAAUCCUCCAGCUGGAAUUGAAGAGGAAGCUGCUGAAAAUGGCGUGUCAAAACCGAAAGUGACUGAGACAGAAGAGGACAGUGACAGUGACAGCGACGAUGAUGAGGACGACGUUCAUGUCACUAUAGGAGACAUUAAAACCGGAGCACCACAGUAUGGGAGUUAUGGAACAGCGCCAGUAAAUCUUAAUAUCAAGGCAGGGGGAAGAGUGUAUGGAAAUACAGGAACCAAAGUCAAAGGGGUAGACCUCGAUGCACCUGGCAGCAUUAAUGGAGUGCCACUCUUGGAAGUAGAUUUGGAUUCUUUUGAAGAUAAACCAUGGCGGAAACCUGGUGCUGAUCUUUCUGAUUAUUUUAAUUACGGCUUUAAUGAAGACACUUGGAAAGCUUACUGUGAAAAACAGAAGAGGAUCCGAAUGGGACUUGAAGUUAUACCAGUUACUUCAACAACAAAUAAGAUCACGGUACAACAAGGGAGAACUGGAAAUUCAGAGAAAGAAGCAGCGCUUCCAUCUACAAAAGCUGAGUUUACUUCUCCGCCAUCAUUGUUCAAGACGGGCCUGCCACCAAGCAGAAACAGCACCUCUUCUCAGUCUCAGACAAGUACUGCCUCCAGAAAAGCCAGUUCAAGCGUUGGGAAGUGGCAGGAUCGAUAUGGGAGGGCCGAGUCACCUGAUCUAAGUAUUGGUCAAACAAUAACCAUCAGCCGAGUAGAAGGAAGAAGGCGGGCAAAUGAAAACAGCAAUAUACAGGUCCUUUCUGACAGAUCUGCCCCUGAAGUGGACAACAAUUUCAGCAAACCGCCUCCAUUUUUCCCGCCAGGGGCUCCUCCUACUCACCUUCCACCGCCUCCGUUUCUUCCACCUCCUCCAACUGUCAGCACUGCUCCUCCUCUGAUCCCACCUCCAGGUUUCCCUCCUCCACCAGGCGCUCCACCUCCAUCUCUUAUACCAACAAUAGAAAGUGGCCAUUCCUCUGGUUAUGACAGCCGUUCUGCACGGGCGUUCCCAUACGGCAAUGCCUUGUGGACACCACCAAGCAGUGGGACUAUUAUGCACGAAGAGAGAAAGACCGAGAUCGAGACCGAGAAAGAGACAGAGACCGAGAGAGAGACAGAGACCGGGACAGAGAAAGAGAGCGCACCCGAGAGAGGGAGCGAGAGCGGGAUCACAGCCCCACGCCUAGCGUUUUCAACAGUGAUGAGGAGCGGUACCGAUACAGGGAGUAUGCAGAAAGAGGCUAUGAGCGCCAUAGAGCUAGUCGGGAAAAAGAGGAGCGACACAGAGAGCGACGUCACAGAGAGAAAGAGGAAACCAGACACAAGUCCUCUCGCAGUAACAGUAGACGUCGCCAUGAAAGUGAAGAAGGGGACAGUCACCGGAGACACAAGCACAAAAAGUCUAAAAGAAGCAAAGAAGGAAAAGAGGCUGGCAGUGAGCCCGUCCCUGAACAGGAGAGUGCUGAAGCUGCCCCUGCUGAGUAGGCUCCACCUUUUAUGUUUGUCGGUCUGAGAAAUAGAUGCUAUAAAUCUCCUUAUUUUUCUGGAUAAUGUUUAAGAAAUAUACCUUUAAUCUUGUUCUGUUAGAAUGAAACGUUAACUUUUUCUUUUCCAAAAUAAAAAUGUGCAUUUUUGUGUUAAGUUAAAAAUCUUUGUCUUGUAAUAUUUAAAGAAUAAAAGACAGAAAUGACUUUAUAUCCAAGGAAGUCAUGUGAAUGAGUCAGCAGGAGAUUUAAAGGUUGGCUGUGUGUACAUAGUAUGUAGGCCAAGGACUCGCCUUGACUAGCUUUCUAGUUACUGGCAUACUGUUGCAGAAGAGGUGCUGCAAAGACCGCUCUUCAUCUUACUACUCCUGCAUCUCAAGAACUUGGUGCAUUCUUCAUAUCGGUUUUUGAAAGCAGGUUUUCGGUCCUCUAAAUUUGGGUCCAUGGUAACUGAAUGGGCCAUUUUAUAGCUAAUGUCAUAGAUGGUAGGAGGCAUUUGGGUGGCCCUUGUGAUGUAACUUGUGUACUUUCCAACAGGCACAUGUAGAGACAGUUGUGACUAGCACAGCAGUGGACCAUUUCAUGGCCAUCUGUUAGAGCCAGCGUCAAGGUGGUUUGGCUGCUGUCAGUGUGUUUCCCAGGGUUCAUUGGGGGAGUAGCAAGUAGGGUGUUUUUUAUGCCAUUACCGUGUGAAGACUAAAAAUAAGCUCAAUGACAGUAGUGUUAGGUCAGUUAUUUCUUAGUAAAACCAAAAAUCCAAGCUUAAAAUAUGGACUUAGCCCAGGAGGGAAUGCAGAGCAGCGUGGCGGUGGCUAGGAACGUGGUGUGUGAAAGAAUAACUUAGAGCCACAGGGAGGAGGACAGCUCCCGUUUAGAAAAGAUUUAUUUCUCAUUUCAAAUUCUCUGCCAUUAAAUUUAAAUGCCUGUAAUGUGCUCUCUUUUUGAACUCCACAUAUAUCAUAUUUUUAAUUGAUUUGAAUUGUGUCAUAGAAACCAUUCUAGAUUUUUAUUGAAUAGAAAAAUAUAAACUUAAAGGUUUGGAGUGAUGAGAUCCUCCGUACUAAAACAAAACAUCAGUUUUUAUUUUUGAAAACGUUCUCCAAGUACAACUUGUUUCCAUAAUAUCAUACUUUUCCUGGCAUUUUUUUUACAAUAUUUUCUUUAAAUAUAAAAAUUGACAAGAUAAAUACAGUUUUACGAAGCCUAUCUGUGAUCUUUUUUCUGUUUUCUAAGAUCCAUCAUUGAUUUUAUAAAAAAGUACCAGGCCAAGAAGCAAUAGUGAGAGUAAUUCUUCCUUUAAGUUCUUUGAGUGUCCUUGCCAAGCAAGCGUGUAUCAUGCCCGACGUACUCCUACCGUUGACAGCGAGAAGAAUGUCACCACAUCUAAAAGAGAAACAGGAUCGUGGUCAAAAUACUUAUGGUUGAAGUUACUCAUAUUGGACUCGGGUGGUCCUAGUGUUUGUUUGCCGUUAUUUGUCCGUUUUAAUUCUGAUUAGAUCUUUCCCUUCUUCACUUAAAUUCUCCAGGCUCCAUUCAACUUGCAUUAGAGGAUUUAGUAGUACAGGGACUUGCAGUAUGGGGCCAAGGCCAGUUGUAAAUUUUUACUUUGAAUUUUUUGAGGUAGGGUUUCUCUGUGUAACAGCCCUGGUUGACCUUGAACUCGCUUUGUAGACCAGGCUGGCCUCGAAUUCACAGAAAUCUGCCUGCCUCUGUUUCCCAAGUGCUGGGAUUAAAGGUGUGUGCCCCACUACCCAGCAUAAUUUUGAAUUUCUUAAAUCUAACUGGUAUAUAGUCAUGUUUUAAUUUCUUACUCUUCAAGAAUGUAUAGUAAAUACUAAUAGUAAAUUUAGUAAGUAAUGUGCUUUCUUUCAAGUGGGGCCAAGUUUUUACAUGUAGAAAACAAAAUACUUGAAUAUUAUUUUUGCUAAAUAAUUAUUACCUGAUCCUUCCAUCAUUGUAUGCUGGUGUUCCUUCCACAAUGGAUUUGAUAAAAAAAGGUUUGUUCCCAUUGUAUUCUUCGUAACCUCCUACAAUGCAGAAGCCCAGACUUCCUGCUGUGUUCCUCCUUAGGGUCACAUCUUUACAGUUAUACAAGUACCUGAAAUAGGGUAUAAUUAGUGUAUACAGUUGAGUUUAUUAGUUGUAACUUCAUCUCUCAUUCAUUUUUUGAACAUUUUUAAUAAGUGAAAUAGUAACUGCAUAUGUCUCCCUCAGAAAUGGCAGUAAUUUUUCAUGCUCUCAGCCAGCUUUUUGUAUUUGAUUUCUUUUCCAUAGCUGAACACCCUUUCAACAAAAAUACUUCGUUAUUGAGUCUCUGCUGAGGAAGAUGGCAAUGUUUUGGCUAAGGACACCAUAAUGCAUGGAUUUAUAUGAGCCAUAAGUAUGCCUCGAUACUUUUAAUGAUAAGCCAAAGUGGAGCAUACUGAGGGAAUAUAAUUUUUAUAUACUUGUGGGUUUACAUAAUUCCUAAGGCAAACUUUCUUUGAAUUAGUUUUCUGCAAUAAAAUAAUCACAAUGAAAAUAAUUUUAACUUAUGCUAAUGAACCUCAUUAAGUUUAGACCUUCUCUUGACCCUUGGAAAGUACUGGUUUAUUCUCACAUAAACAAAGAAGACUUUAGACAUAAAAUGAGAAGAAAGUGAGGCAGAAAGGGUUGAACAGUUGUUGUAGGAGUAAAAUCAACAUGGCAUAAACUGAAGUGGAAAUUACAAAGUGAAGUGGAGCAGGGAAGACUACAGCUGGCCUAAGAAUCAGUGGAAUCCUCAGCUAGGGUGGUUGUGGCUGUCAGAGUGAGGUACAAACUGCUGUGUUAGAGCAGAGAGGUGUGUCUACCAGAUGCCUGUGGUCUAGGAACUGCUUCGACUGGAAGACAGCAUUUUUAUGUUGGUAGAAAUGAAGAUGUUUUGUUUAUAGACUGUACCUUUAAAUAAUCAUUUGCUUUUUGAUAAUCAAUAAAAAUGAUCUUGUGAAAUGUUAA